UUCUUUCGAAGCGGUUCAGGCGCUCGCGACAAAACUCUAUAUUAUACACACAUUAUAAUAUAUAGCCGAUCCAACACAAACAGCCCAUUCGAUCCGCGAUAAGCAAGAAAAAAUCAAAAGAACACCAAGUGAGAGCCGUCGAGCCGUUAAAAGCAUUUCGGCCAAGUGCAUCAACCGCAGAAACGUCGCGUUAGCCAACUAAAUCAGUUACCGAAAAUCAUAGAAAGUGUUUGAAAAACUGUUUUCGGAAAAUUCUAUAAUUUUCUAAACCACAAAUAAUAAACAAUGCCAAAGUCGUUUUGAAAUAAACCAAAACAUUAUGUCGAUUGUCUGCACGCUGGAACAGAAAGUGAACUUUUUCAAAGCGGCUGCAACGACCAAGAAUCUGUUGAUACUCAAAAACAAUACGGAUACGAACUACAGCAACAGCUAUAAGCAGGAUAACCCCAGCAGCAAUAAAUUUCCCCGCAUCCAGCCCCAAGGCAACCCCAACCACCUGCAACAGCAGCAGCAACUGCAGCAGAAACUAGCGCAGCUGCAUCACUACAGCCAGCAGAAGCUGAGCGUCGCAGACUUUCCCUACGGGCCACGCCCCCCAACCGGUGGCAAGGAGGAGACGCUGCUCCUGUUAGCCCCGCCGACCAAACUUUACCCGGAGGCCCCAGCAAUGCCCGAGGUCCUCAGCGGAACACCCACCAAUAGCCACAACAAAGCCAACAUCGCCAUGAUGAACAACGUCAGGCUGUCCAAUAUAUCUCCGACCCUGUCGAUGAACGGCAGCUCCAACGAAGCUUCUAAUUUGCAUCCUUUGUCCAUGUACGGAGGAUCCAUCAGUCCACAGUCCAAUGACAGCGGCAUGUCCGACAGUCUGGGCAAGUUUAUCCCGGGCAGCGGCUAUGGCGAUCAGAUGAUGGGUCAGUCCCCCUCCCAGGGCGGCAAUGGACCUCAAUCGGCUUUGACCGCCGCCCAGAAGGAGCUCUUCUCACAGCGCAAGCAACGGGAAUUCACGCCGGAUAACAAGAAGGACGAGAGCUACUGGGAUCGCCGGAGACGGAACAAUGAGGCGGCCAAGAGGAGCAGGGAGAAGAGGCGCUACAACGAUAUGGUUCUGGAGCAGCGCGUCAUCGAGCUGACCAAGGAGAACCAUGUGCUGAAGGCCCAACUGGACGCCAUCCGGGACAAGUUCAACAUCUCCGGCGAGAAUCUGGUGAGCGUGGAGAAGAUCCUGGCCUCGCUGCCCACCAGUGAGCAGGUGCUGAGCAACACAAAGCGCGCCAAGAUGAGCGGCGGCAGUGGAGGCUCCUCCUCGGGAUCCUCGCCCUCGGGCAGUGGAUCGGGUGAGGGAUCACCACCGGGUGGACACAAUGGCUACCCAGUGGGACCACCUCUCUCGCCCCUGAUCUACGGACCCAAUGGCAAUGCCCGGCCAGAGGCCACGGUGAAGAGUGUCCAUCACAUACAGCACGCGGGAGUUCCGCCGCCGCCCACGCACCUGCAACAGUUGGUGGUGCCCCAGCCCCAGCCGCAGCAUCUCUACCAGCCACAGCCGCAGCAGCAGCAGCAUCAGCCGCAUCCGCAGCAGCUUUCCCAGCCACCACAACAGCAGCAGCAGCAGCAACAGCAGCAGCAGCAGCAGGAGCCCAGUCCCAGUGCCGGCUCCAGCUCGCCAACCAUCUCCAUCUCCGAUCCGCACAACCGCCCGCCCAGCAGCAGCACAAUUGCCAAUCUCCAGGUGCAACUGCAGCAGGCCCUCAACCGGAAUGUCAGGCCCGAGGAUCUGGACAGUCUGCGCAAGGCGGUGGCCGCCGGAGCUCUCUACAAUGCAGCGGCUGUGGUGGGAGCACAACCACCACCGCCACCACCCGCUGGUCUCUAUGUGCCCGCACCCAGCGCAUACAAGGAUCAUCUGGAGGCGGCCGCCGCCUGGAGUCACAACGUGGAGGCGGCGGUGAGCAGCAGUGCCGUGGAUGCGGUGAGCAGCUCAUCGGUGGCCGCCAGUGCGGCCAGUGUGCUGAACCUGUCGCGAAGAGCAGCUGCCUGUUCGCCCAGCUACGAGCACAUGCUCUCCUCCACCACCUCCUCCUCCACUCUAUCCUCGGCCUCCUCAUCGGGAGCCGUUUCCGGCGAUGAUGAGCAGGAGCACGAACCGGCGCACCUGGCUCCAUUGCAACUCCAGCGAAGCAGUUCGCAGCAGGGCAGCGAUGCCAACAACUGUCUGCCCCUCAAGCUGCGCCACAAGUCCCAUCUCGGCGACAAGGAUGCGGCGGCCACGGCGCUGCUGUCACUGCAGCACAUCAAACAGGAGCCCAACUGCAAUAGAUCAUCGCCGCCGGCUUGGAACGAUGGUGGUGACAACUCCAGCGACGAAAGGGACUCCGGCAUCUCCAUUGCCAGUGCCGAGUGGACGGCGCAGCUGCAAAGGAAGCUCCUGACGCCCAAGGAGGCCAAUGUGGUCUCCAGUGCCGAGCGCGAUCAGAUGCUCAAGUCGCAGCUGGAGCGCCUGGAGUCCGAGGUGGCCAGCAUCAAGAUGAUCCUGGCGGAGUAACCAAGCCUCAGGAGUUGGAGAAGAGGAGCAGGAGCAGCAGCAGGAGAGAGAGUGAAGAGACAGAGACUCUGAAGGGAUCAGAGUGAGGGAGCAGGGCAGAGAGUUCCAUGGCGCCAGUAGUUGUUCUGGACAAAGAAGCAGUAGUACCAGUAGGGAUGUCCAAAACAGAGUGUUAACUAUUAGAUAUCGAUGCAUGCUUGUCUCCAUUUCUAUGUAUAACUCUAGGGCCAGGUUUCUGCCAUAGGCAUUCUAGACCCUAUGGUUUCAACCUGACCCACAUAUAUGUGUGUACGUUUACCUAUCCACUGUAUUGAGUCUUGUAAUCGUGAAUGUUUAACUAUAUAGAUCUCGUCAAACUCGGAGCUAAACAAAUCCUUAGGGCCAGUCAGCCCAAAAGAAUUUCUUAUUUAACCUGUUUAUACAUACACACAUACGCGCUAUUUGUUUACAUGGCUAUUUGGUGGUGACCUGUGAGAAAUAUCGGGGUCACCUUCCAAGCUAUUGUUCUCUUAUGCAUCCCAAGUUUCCUUAUGCACAGCGAAAGCGAAGAAAGAAGAUAUAUUAUAUUUGUAGGCAAACGUUACCAAGUAUUUGCUGUUGUACAUAUUACACAAUUAAUUAUAUUUACUCUAUAUCUCUACAUAUUCCUAUCGUGUACAUAAUUUUAGUUGCAAGCUAAGCUUAUUUUAUUUUAUUUUAAAACUAUUGUGUAGUAAAACAAACAUAUACAUUACACUUAAGAGACGCGUAAAGCACAUUCAAAACGUGAGAGACGAAAGAAAUCUGAAAAGAAUUAAUGAAUAUAUUCUGCAAUAAAUAAUUUUAAAUAUCUUACCCUAA